ACUGCCUACGGAUCUCUCGCCGCCUUCUCCUCAGCUGCCGGCCCGCUGGCGCCGUCCGCGCGCUGGCGCCUGUCCCGCCUCAGGCGGUGCGAAACACUCGCUACUACAGUCGCUUCCCCGGCUUGGAGCGCCUGAAUAUUUUGGGAUCCAUCCGAACCUCCUUAUCUCGUCAUGUUCAUCGGUCGCCCCUGCCGCCGCUCCAUCGGCGCCAUUGCACCUCAGAUCGUGGAAGCUUCGACCGGUGGUACCAUAAACCGUCCAAGGUCGCUGCGGUGGCAGCUCUUGCCUCAGGUGCCGCGGUGGCGGGCGUUUGCAGCCGGUACGACCGCGAGAUCGUGCCUUACACAAAUCGCACCCACUUGGUGGCCAUGUCUCCCCAGUCCGAAAUCAAGCUCUGGGAGCCCCAAGAUAUCAUGGACAAGAAGGUAUGGGCCUCCGAAUCCCUGAUGGUCGAUCCGCUCCAUCCAGACAGCAUUCGUGUACGCCUCAUCGCCGACAAAGUCCUUCGCGCCACAUAUCGCACCCUUAAUGUCAUGGACGUCAAGACACGGGUUGCACAGCCACAAACAUCACAUCUUGACGGGCUUAAGUGGGAGGUUAUCCUUAUCAAAGACGAUGAUGCCAAUACUGAGUGCACACCUACCGGCAAGAUUAUAGUAUCUACUGGAUUGCUCGACCAUUUCAAGACCGAUGCUGAGAUUGCUUUUUCUAUUGCGCACGAGGUCGGGCAUAUUGUUGCGAGGCAUCAGGCAGACAUAGCGUACACCAAGUGGUUCCCAAUGCUCCUAUUUGUACCUUGCUUUCGAAAGAGAGAGAUGGAGGCAGAUCACAUUGGAAUGCUACUUCUUGGUGCUGCUGGUUUCCACCCAAACAAUGCCCUCAAAUAUCUCUGGAAGCAAGCCAAGAUUGACGGACCGUCAACCGUGUUUGACAAUUCCAUCUCUGCUUAUCCUUCAUAUAAGAAAAGGAUGGAGUGUUUGUCCCAACCCGAAGUUAUGCAGAAGGCCAUGAAAUUAUAUAGAGAAUCUACCCCCGAUCAAGGCACCGUCACACAAGGUGCCGACACACGUUUUUCUUUUCAGGAAACACUAGGAGAUAUAUGUAACAUCAUAUCGACAAGAUUGAAACAAGCUCUUAGAGGGAGAUCGGCAAAUUAAAACACACAUAAUGAUAUGCCCACGAUCGGAUCUUGAGCAUGC